AUGCACCUGCCGUACGAAUCGAGGGGUCGUCGGCGGCGCGAGAUGGCAGACAUCGAGCCAUGGUGGCUCCAGUCCAUCAUUGACGAAACCCUUGGGGAGCAUCCUGAUCUUGUUCGUACCGGCAGCCCAGAUUACAUGUGCUCGAUGCUGCCUCAGCAUUGGCGCUCCAACAAGACCCUACCUGGCGGAUUCAAGGUGGUAGCUUUGGGCGAAGUCAUGGAUGGAACUCAGGUCACGGUCCGGGCUGGCAACGACGAGAACUGUUCCGCAGAACUUCGGAACAACACGGCGGUGAUGAAGAAUAGAGUUGCCAAGUUCAACGACCUUAGGUUCGUCGGGAGAAGCGGGAGAGGGAAAAGCUUCUCCUUGACGAUCACGAUCUCAACGUCGCCGCCUCAAGUAACAACAUACCAAAAAGCGAUCAAAGUAACCGUCGAUGGCCCGCGGGAACCGAGAUCAAAGACUAGUACAAAUGCAUCACCACACCAAAUAAGAACUAUAGGAUUCCAGAGGCCGUUCAUAGCAAGUACAUCUAUGUCGCUUCGAGAUAUAGAAUACAAAUCUUCACCGCGACUUCGGUCGCUUUCUCACGAAGAACGAGAGUAUAAGACUAACGCCAAUCUACCACCGGAAGAUAAUACUGGCAAUAUUCUCGGCGCGAGCGAGUGGAAUACUGGGUACCCGUCCACCGCAACUGUCUAUCCGGGCUACGCGCCAUUGCAGGGUCCCUACUACAAGCCUGAUUCUACCAUACACAUUCCGACAGUAUUACCUGAAAUCCCGCUAACGCAUACAGACUACAGCGGUUUCCAAACAAGCAGCACGGGCUACGUCAAAAACAGCCCGAGCGGUACCAGCGGCAGUCUCACAGAUCUCAACAGCACCAUGCCCACGCAGCGAUACGACCCAAAUUACUAUAACUCCUGGCCGAAUAACAGCUACAACUACCAAUACAACAACAUCAACAACAACCCGGCCUGCUUGCAAUCCCACACGCCCUAUAUCAACCCAAAUCCACAGAUGAUACUACCAAAUCUAUAUUCCACAGUCAACCAGAACCAAAUUCACGUUCACCUACAUAGCUCCACAGAUAAAUACAACUUGGAACAGUAUAUACCGAGCGAGAUUAAAAUAAGCGAUAUUGACGGCGGUAUUUCCAUCACCACGGAACUGCCUGGAAGUGGGGAAGCCAGUGGCCUUGUGCAAACUUGUGAGAGUGAUGAUGUCAAACACAGCCUGUACAGCGCAACCAAUCAAGAAGUGUGGCGACCUUAUUGA